UGAAGUCUGGAGAUCAUAUGACAUCACAUUGCCUCCACCUCCCUCCCUCCCUGAUAGAAGAGAGAAAGAAGAAGAAGAUUCUAGAAGUCACCAGAGAGAUCACUGAGCUGCUGACAGGAGAGGUUCCUAUAAGGUGUCAGGGUGUCACUGUCUAUUUCUCCAUGGAGGAGUGGGAGUAUUUAGAAGGACACAAGGAUCUCUACAAGGACGUCAUGAUGGACAAUCAGCCGCCCCUCACAUCACCGGAUGGAUCCAGUCAUGGGAACCCACCAGAGAGAUGUCCCCGUCCUCUGUAUUCCCGGGAUUCCACACAGGAAGGUCACACCAUCCCUCACCAUCAUCAGAACACAAAGAUCUGUACCAGGACACCAUGGUGGAGUCAUCCAGCUACAGAAACCACCCAGAGAGAUGUCCCCGUCCUCUGUAUUCCCGGGAUUCCACACAGGAAGGUCACACCAUCCCUCACCAUCAUCAGGUAGAUGAUGACAAUUAUUGGAACCCACCAGAGAGAUGUCCCCGUCCUCUGUAUUCCCGGGAUUCCACACAGGAAGGUCACACCAUCCCUCACCAUUACAAGGUUGAUGGAUCCAGUCAUGGGAGCCCACCAGAGAGAUGUCCCCGUCCUCUGUAUUCCCGGGAUUCCACACAGGAAGGUCACACCAUCCCUCACCAUCAUCAGGUAAAUGGAAAAACCCACAAGAGAUUGUAGUACUGAUUUACAGGAAGGUGUCAGGGUGUCACUGUCUAUUUCUCCAUGGAGGAGUGGGAGUAUUUAGAAGGACACAAGGAUCUCUACAAGGACGUCAUGAUGGACAAUCAGCCGCCCCUCACAUCACCGGAUGGAUCCAGUCAUGGGAACCCACCAGAGAGAUGUCCCCGUCCUCUGUAUUCCCGGGACUCCACACAGGAAGGUCACACCAUCCCUCACCAUCAUCAGGUAGAUGGAUCCAGUCAUGGGAACCCACCAGAGAGAUGUCCCCGUCCCUCUGUAUUCCCAGGAUUCCACACAGGAAGGUCACACCAUCCCUCACCAUCAUCAGGUAGAUGGAUCCAGUCAUGGGAACCCACCAGAGAGAUGUCCCCGUCCUCUGUAUUCCCGGGAUUCCACACAGGAAGGUCACACCAUCCCUCACCAUCAUCAG